AUGACCCGCAUCGGUCGCAACAUAUCCGAAGACCAAGCCGUUUGGAGACCAUACCCAACUCAUCGGGACCCGCGACCAUCCUAUCUGAGCCAGUUCUUCGAUGAGUCCUGCAAUCUGUCGACUAUCGCACGCGACAUUUCGUGGAGCAUGUUUGCAGAUAACCGUGCCAGCAAUAUGUUCGGUGGUGUUAAGCGCGCCAGUCGGGAGCAGUUGUAUGAGCGGAUUCGUCGCUGGCAUGAUCUUUUGCCCGAGGCGUUUGAUGUGCGGUAUAAGUUGCCGCCGCAUAUUAUUCUGAUGCUAAUGCGAUACCAUACGUUGAUCAUCAGUUUAUUCACCUGCACUUCGGAUGAAGAGGUCUCGAGUACUACGUCCGAUGCACCCCAUACACCCGAAAGUCCGCAGCAACAUACACCGGAGACUAGGUAUAAUUUAUGGGAAGUGACGCAGAACGCCGCGCGAGGUAUUGCAGGACUGACGCGAUUGCAUCGCCGCGAGUACGGCGUGAGUCGCGCGCACCAUUUCGCCAUGUACGCCAUGAACCUGGGACUGUUCACGAUGAUGGAACAAGAGUCCUUCGAUGUACUCGACCAGGACUUUUUAUCUCUGGCGAGUGCGUUUUCCAUCGUGGCCAGCCGCUCGUCGCUGGGCCGCAAUCUGUUUCACAUUUUUCGCCAGUCUGUCCGAGCCAAGGCACAGGGUAGUAAGAUUCGGGAAUCCAGCUCCAUCCCGGACGAGCUGAAAGAUCUGUUCGAUGAAGAGUCCUCAGCGCAGGGACAUAGUCGCUUCGACGAGUAUGCUGAAGGUCUAGAGAAAUUGAACCAGCACGAGAAAUACCACGGCAUUGGCGGCGAGGGCGAACAGAGUCUCCAAGAUUACCCCGGUCUCGGGCUGUCGGACAUGCUUGACCGCUACGAAAGCCUAAGUCUCGGCAAAGACGAGGUGCUGGCAGAGAGACAGCGACCGGCUGGGCCCCUCCACGAACCCAUCAUUCUCAUCGCAGUCAGUGUCCCCCGGGACACCGGGCUUCCCCCUGGGGGUGGUCGUGGGGGCAGCCCGAACUUAGCUUGGAAUAAAGUUGCCAUCCCUCGAGCACCCAACGCGACCACGAUAAGUCACCGCCGCCGCUCCCAACGGGCGUGCGAGCCCUGCCGCCAACGCAAGAUCAAGUGUGACGGCAACCGACCGAGCUGCAGACAAUGCAUCGAGCACAACCAGCAGUGUUCUUACGAAGAUGUCAAACGGGUCCGCGAUCAGAAACGUCUCGGCUCGUUAUCCAGGCGCGUGGACCGUUAUGAAUCUCUCCUCCGUGAGCUAGAGGUCGAUGCCGAUGCCACUACAGCGCGCAAGAUCAGAAAAGUCCUAAAGCAGGGCCCAGACACCGCCUUGUCAAAUCAGAAGGAGGAGGACGACGACUCCUCGUCGAUGGGAUCGCUGGAUGGAAUCGAUAUUCUUGAGGAGGAUUUGAACCGCAACGAGAACUCCCGUGCCACCGGCUUCAUUGGGAAGGCUUCGGAGGUUGCGUGGAUGCGAAAGCUCGCGGAUGAUAUUGAGCAUAAGGGCGUCACGGAGGCCUCGGUGUUCAAGGGUAUCGAUGAUGAGCAACAGACAUCCAUCUCGAAGGUGAACUAUCAUCUGGAUGACCUGGAUAUCCCGUUCGUGGACCCUUCCGAUCCAUCGGUCGUUCCAAGCCGAGACCUUGCAGACCGAUACCUCGAGGCUUAUUUCACCUUCGUCCAUCCGACGUUCAACAUCAUUCGCAAGCCGCGCUUCGAGCACCAAUAUCAUGAAUUUUUCGACCGAGGGUACAUCCCGCAUCGGAAUUGGAUGGCGCUACUCAACAUGAUCCUCGCCAUCGGCUGCCGCUACACCCGAUUCACGGAUACCUCUCACGCUCAGGAGGACGACUUCCUGUUUUUGACCCGAGCCAGAAAGCUGGGGCUCCACUCCCACGUCCUUUUCGAACAUAGUGAUCUCCACCAGAUUCAGUUGGAGCUCCUGGUGGCUGUUUAUCUUCUUUGUUUGGGCCAACUCAAUCGGUAUCUCUUGUCGUUCUAUUGUGUCUACAAACGUUGA